GCCGAUUGUUGUAGACGAGUACAGUACGCAUUUAUUUUGUUUCGGUGUAAAUAAAAUCAGUGAUUUAGUUUAAACACAAUUAGAUAAUCAACUCAAAAUACACGUUAGAAGUAGGGUUGUUCUUGUUUCAAAGCACCCCAGUUACUUGUGUUAUAAUCUCACGAAACUGAAAUAAGGCAUGAGUGGAUCAGUGUAUGCGCUCAGCUGUAACUAUCAUGGAUAAAAAAAAGAUAAAUAGAAGAGGAAAGCGACUAGAAUGCCCCAUCCUGACAGCAGCGGCGACGCCCCUAGCCCCUCGCGUGGAGUGCUCCGCCUUCGGCUGCCGCAACUCUGAACGCGACCAUCUCAGCUUCCAUCCGCUGCCACAAGAUCCUGACACGUGCAGUCAAUGGCUCAAGCUUAUCAACAGACAAGACCUCACCGACAAGCCUGGCUCCGGACAAGAUGCCAUGGUGUGCUCCAUACAUUUCCUACCUGAACAAAUUGUCAACGGAGUAUUGGUUCCUAACGCUCUACCGUCGUUGCAACUGCCUAAAACGAAACAUCAGUUUGUACUAGACGGUUCUGCAGACUUGUCGUCAGUACCACUGAAAACUGAAGAUGAUAUCGAGAUCGAAAUCAAAUUUGAACCAGAGGCUCCUCCAGUCUGCACCUUUGUCGAGAAAACACAACCAUCACCGGACCAGGCUGAAAUUAAAAGUAAACCAAACAUACAAGUGUUUCAUCAUACAACACAAACAGGAAACAGUACAGGCCAAAUGUCAGUUCAACCACAAGUCAACACAGCACCAAUUCUAUUUUCAAAAUUAACUAAUCAGACUCCAGGAUUUAUCAUACUACCUCAACAUACUCCAAUACUUGUACCAAUUAACGUAACACAAGUACCAUUUAACGUAAAACAAGCAUUAUUAAACGCAACACAAACAUCAGUUAACGCAACACAAAAAUCAUUGAACGCAACACAAACAUCAGUGAACGCAACACAAACAUCAGGGAACGCAACACAAACAUCAGGGAACGCAACACAAACAUCAGUGAACGCAACACAAAUACUAUUCAACGCAGCACAGAUACCAUCCAACCCAUUACAAAUAUUAAACCCAACGCAAAUAUCAUUUAAUCCAACACAAAUAUCACUGAAUGCAAAAAAAGUACCAAUCAAAACACAAGUGCCAUAUCAAGAAAAUAGACUAAAAAUUAUUAAAAUACACAACAAACCAGAGUUGCCAGAACCAACUUAUUUAGACCACCAAGUCAAUAUUGGAACUCAGACUGAUAUCAGAGAAGCAUUCUACAGAAAAGCAACGUAUUCCGCUGUAGAACAUAUUGAUAUGCCACCUACUAAAGAUAAUCAACUAGCAGAUAUAAAUAACAGAUCAAUCGCUUCUCAAACUACUCCAGAAUUAGUAGAAGUAUUUAUUGAAGAUGUUAAACAGAAGCUUGGAAAAGAAUUAGAUGAAGCCAAUAAGAAGUUACAUGGAGCUGAAAACCCAACUAUGGAGAAGACACAGUUUCUAAAAGGAUGCGAUAAGUACUUAGAUGAGAAGAUAGCUAAUUUCGUUAAAUCUCAUGCUUAUCUGUCAAAUAAGUUUGUUGGAAAUAAGUACCCAAUGGAUUUUAAGAUGUUUGCACUCAAAUUGUAUUUAUGGAAUCCUAAAUCUUAUAAAUUCGUUGAGAAUUUCUUCGAUUUGCCGUCUAAAGAUGUUAUAAAACGGUUCAGAAUGCCGGUGAGAAGUGGAGUCAACCACAGCCUAAUGGAGGCUCUGAAAGUUAAAAUAGAUCAAAUGCCGAUAUUGGGUAGACAGUGUGUUGUGUGUUUUGAUGUUGUCCAGCUAAAAAAGAAUCUAUAUUAUGAUGUGGGACUUGAUUAUUUGUGUGGACUGGAAGAAAUAGAUGGCGUUGUUGGAGAGAAGCAAGCGGAGCAUGCUGUUUUAAUUGCAGUUCGAGGACUUUACACUAGAUGGAAACAACCUGUUUCCUUCGCUUUGGUGGCUGAGAAACGAAGUCAUCCAGAGAUACAAGCAUGGCUGCAUAAAACCAUAGAGUAUCUAUUCGAUAUGGGUUUAAAUGUAAAGGCACUAAUAACGAGCUUAGAUGAGGAAUUUCUAGAAUUUCCCAAAGAGCCUUAUUUUAAACUAAAAGAAAGAAAAAUUUAUAACAUAAUUGACUUUCCAGAUCUUUUAAAAACUGCUAGAGAUGAAUUAAUAGAAAAUGAUUUCCAUAAAGAUAGCUCUGUCGUUAAAUGGGAGCAUGUUCUAAAUGUCUACGAUUCUGAUAAGACACAGGAAUUGAAAGUACUGUCAAAUUUGACAGAAAAACACGUGAGACAUGACGAAGCGUCAAAAGAUGAUGUUAAAUUGGCGACGCAACUUUUUAGUAGCGAUUUAGCUGCUGCUAUGCAUUUUUAUGUAGUCGCUCGCUUGCAAAAUAAAGAAACUAAAGCUACAGUUCAAUUUAUGAACAAUAUGAAGGAAUUAUACGAAAUCUUGUAUUCAAAAAGUUUAUCAAACGCUUAUAGAGCAACGACUGCACAAAAUAAAUUCUUAAAGGAAAUUGUAGAGUAUUUCAACACAAUACAAAUAGUAGACAAGCAUGGAAAUGUUAUUGAAAGUAAAUUUGUCACUGGACUGAAAUUUACAGUCAAAUCUAUCAAGUCUUUGGCAGCAGAUUUAAAGAAAUCUAAUGUAAAUUAUUUACUAACAAAAAAUCUUAGUAAGGAUUUUAUGCAAGACUAUUUCAAAGAUGUCAAACGUGUAUCUGAGCUACCAACUCCUAUUGCAUUUACUAGAGGAUUCAGGAAACUAUUUUUGAGUAAUAUUUUGAAUAACACAAAAAAAACUGCGACUGGAGAUGAUAUGAUGGGAACUUUAGUAAAAAUAUCUGAAUAUGUAAAAUCAGAUAUGGAUAAAAAAGAGGAAACAGAUGAAGCUACAUGUUUAAGUAUAGGUAUCAAUGACUAUAAGAUUCGCUGGCCUUCAAAUGAGUACAUAGCUGGAUAUAUUCUACGCAAAUGUCUUGAAAAUCAUACAUGUGAGAAAGCUGUUAAAAAUAUAUGUGAUUAUUACAAUUUUGAGAAACAAAGCUAUGAUGUAUUGUUAAAAACAUUUCAGUUUUAUAAUAAUAAAAAUGUUGAUAAAUUAUGUAAUAUUCGGCCUCCGGUACAAUUGCUUGAAUUCGUUAAUUUAAUGGAAAAGAGAUUUAACGAAUAUUACUAUAGUGUGGAUAAAAAUAAUAUGAAUUUUGGUUGGAAUUUGUAUUCUAUUAUAGAGAAAGAUUCCUUUAAAAUGCCAUGUGAAUGUUUUCCUAAUAAGUUUUUGAGAAUAUUGUAUAUUCGACUUAAGAUAUUCAGUAGUGUUAAGGAGUAUAAAAGGAUUAACAAAACUAAAUUAUGAAUGCUUUGUUUAAA